CAACAAUUAUCUAAAUCUAACAUUCAUUUCCUUUGCUCUGCCAUUCCCAUUCUCUCUCAAACUCAUUUGAGAAAUAUCUUUUCUUCAUAAUUUUCAUUCUCUUUGCUUUCUUAAUCUCUUAAGACAUUUCCAAUUUCGUCACCUCUCUCUUUCUCCUCUUUCCUUUAGAUCUUCUCAGCAGUCUAUAUAUCCAAAUCACAAUGGCUCUUUCAACCAACAAACGAGUCUUAUCUUCCUCUCUCACCAAACGAUACAUAUAUGAUGUGUUUUUGAGCUUCAGAGGAGAAGAUACUCGCAAUGGUUUUACUAGCAAUUUAAAUGGUAUUUUGCGUCAUAAUGGUAUUAACACUUUUAUGGAUGAUAAACUCCGAAGAGGAAAAAAUAUUUCCACGGAACUUCUUGAAGCUAUUGAAAGUUCAAGAAUUUCGAUAAUUGUCUUCUCUAAAAACUAUGCAUCUUCUACUUGGUGUUUAGAUGAACUUGUCAAGAUUCUUGAGUGUAAGAAUAAUGGCCAAGUGGUGUUACCGGUUUUUUACAAGGUGGAUCCAUCAGAUGUACGUAAUCAAAAUGGAAAGUUUGGAGAAGCAUUCACAAAGCAUGAAGAAAAAUUCAAGGAUAAUAAAAAGAAGGUGCAGAGAUGGAGGGCAGCCUUAAAAGAAGCCAGCAAUAUAUCUGGAUGGCAUUACAAAAAUGACCACCCUCAAUUUGGGUUUAUCCAUGAAGUUUUUAAAGAAAUAUCAAGUGCUAAAUUAAAUCAUACACAAGUAUUUGUUGUAAAAUACGCCGUUGGAGUAGACUCUCGUGCGGAGGAAAUAAGUUGGCGUUUAGAUAUUGAGUCAAACGAUGUUCGCAUGUUAGUGAUCAAAGGUCUUCCAGGGAUAGGUAAGACAACAAUUGCAAAAGCUAUUUUUAACUUAAUUGCAUAUCGUUUUGAAGGAAGCAUCUUUCUAGAGAAUGUUAGAGAAGAAUCAAGAACAAAUGAGGGCAUACUCCAACUACAAGAGGCAAUUUAUUCUGGGAUCUUAGGGGGUGGAAAAUUGAAGGCGCAUGGUGUAUCUAAAAGAAUCAAUGUGAUAACGGAAACACUUCGUCACAAAAGAAUUCUUUUAAUUCUUGAUGAUGUGGACAAAUUAGACCAAGUAGAAAAUUUGCUUGGAAAAUGUGAUUGGUUUGCUUUUGGAAGUAGAAUCAUUAUCACAACAAGAGAGGAAAAGGUGCUAUCUACUCUUCAAGAAGACUGUCAUCUAACCUACUAUAGCUACAGGGUUAAGGAAUUAAAUCAACUUGAAUCUUAUGAACUCUUUUGUCAACAUGCAUUCCAAAGAAACAAGCCUACGAAAGAUUAUUUGGAGCUCAUAGACCAAUUUAUAUAUUAUGCCGAAGGCCUUCCAUUAGCUCUAAAAAUAAUAGGUGCUGAUUUGUACAAGAGAAAUAUACGUUAUUGGAAAAGUUCAUUAGAAAAGUAUAAAAUAUUUCCCAAUCCAAAAAUUCAACAAGUACUCAAGAUAAGCUACGAUGGAUUGGACGAAACUCAACGGGAUAUUUUUCUUGAUAUUGCAUGUCUUUUCAAAGGAUUUGACAAGGAAUUUGUUGAAGAUUUAUUACAAAGUAGCUAUUCAUAUGACCCGUUCUGUGAUAUUGAAAAACUUAUCAACAAAUGCCUCAUAAUUGUUGAUAAUGGCAAAUUAGUGAUGCAUGAUUUGAUACAACAAAUGGGUUCUGAAAUUGAUCGACAAGAAGCAAAAGUGUCUAAAAAACAUAGAAGGCUAUCGUGUCAUACUUAUGAGGAUGCUCACGAAGCGCUAAAUGGAGAUACGGGAUUAGAUGAAUUUCGAGGCAUAACAUUGUCCUUGCCACAACCAAGAAAGAUGCAAUUGAAUCUUGAAAAGAUGAGAAGUCUCAAAUAUUUGAUUCUCCGUAAUGUAAUUUAUGAAGACCUUAAAUCUUUCCCCAAUGGGUUAAGGUUACUUGAUUGGAAUGAAUUUCCUUUAUCGUCCUUGCCAUCCACCUUUGAACCUACAAAACUUGUUGUACUUAACAUGCGAUGGAGCCACAUUAAAUUGGACGAGCAUUUCGAGAGGUGUCAAUUCAAAGCAUUGAAAUAUAUGGAUUUCACGCAUUGUAAAAAUAUUACAAAUGUACCUGACUUAUCAGUAAUUGCCCCAAACAUAAAGAAGUUGAGGCUUAUAAGAUGCAAAAAUUUAGUUGAGAUUCAUAGGUCCGUUGGACUUCUUGAAAAGCUUGAAAACUGGGAUCUCGUUGAAUGCCGAAAUCUUAGAAUUUUACCAACAAAGCUCCAGUUGAAAUCUCUUAAAAGCUUUGUUCUCUUUGGCUGUGAAAGUCUUGAGCAAGGAACGGAAAGAUUAGCGUUUCUUUCAUCAAUAGGAUAUCUCACUGGCCUUCGUGAGUUAGGAAUAAGUUUAAAAAACGUUAAAGAUGUUCCGAGUAACUUCUCUGAUUUACAAAAUCUUAGGAGGCUCACUAUGAAUGAUUGUGAAGAAUUUCCAAAAGCCAUGGAUACCCUUGGUUGCUUCCCCAAUGUAGAACGUCUAGAUUUCUUUUACAGCAACGUUACUACCCUCCCUAAAAUUGCUAUCAUAUUUCCCCAAUUAAAGAUUCUAUGGCUUUAUUGUUGCUGGAACCUACAGAAAAUUCCAAUACUUCCACCUUGUAUACGCUUUGUAUCUGCAAUAGGGUGUAAUUCGUUGAAUCCAAAAUCAAGAGGAAGAUUAUUGAAUCAGUUUGGAGAAUUUAUAGGGCUUCGACAAAAUAUCGUAUGUGCAAGGGGAAUACGGCAUCAGGAUUCUGAUUCUGAAACCAACUUUGAAUCAGAAUCAGAAUCAGAAUUUGAUUUCGAUGAAGCUACAUUUGAAACGGGCUUUGCAUUUGAAACGAACUCUAAUCCUGAAGCGGACAAUGAAUCUGUGUCAAAAUUUGAACUCGAUGAAGCUGCAUCUGAAACGGGCUCUGCAUUUGAAUCGAACUCUAAUUCUGAAACAAACUAUGAAUCUGUGUCAGAAUUUGAACUCGAUGAAGCUGCAUCUGAAACGGGCUCUGCAUUUGAAACGAACUCUAAUUCUGAAACAAACUUUGAAUCUGUGUCAGAAUUUGAACUCGAUGAAGCUGCAUCUGAAACGGGCACUGCAUUUGAAACGAACUCUAAUUCUGAAACAAACUAUGAAUCUGUGUCAGAAUUUGAACUCGAUGAAGCUGCAUCUGAAACGGGUUCUACAUUUGAAACGAACUCUAAUCCUAAAGCGGACAAUGAAUCUAUAUCAGAAUUUGAACUCGAUGAAGCUACAUCUGAAACGGACUCGACACGGAAACUUAAUGAUUUUUAUACACUUAUACUUCCAGGAAGUAAGAUUCCAAAGCGGUUCAACCAUCUAAGUGUUGAAAGUUCCAUAUCAUUCUCGGUCCGCCGGAAACUUCCAUCAUUCGCUUUCUGCGUUGCACUAAAAGUGGAACUGAAGGAUGAUGUGCCACAUGAAUUGCUUACGUUUAACUGUUUUGCCUACAUGUACAUCAAUGGUUCUGAAAGAUAUCUUACGGGUUAUGAUUCUCGUUCAGAUCCAUUAUCUUUUAUGUGGGUCUACUAUAGCAGAGAUUGGCCUUUGGUGGAAGACAAAAUUCUAGGGGAUUGGAAUGACAUUGAGAUUCGAUUUGAAUGUUCAAAUUAUGAUCCUAAAAUAGCAAAAAUUACAAUAGAAAGGUGCGGAGUCCAUGUAUCAUGCAUUUGUCCUUCUUGCAACUUCGCAGCAAAUGAGGAUGCUGACUUCAACCCAUGUCCACCUAUGCCAGACGUCCCCAAAAACACUACCUGUCCCACUUCGGAUGGCUUCGAAUUCGAUUCCAACUCUGGAAACGGAGCUCUCGCCCAACCCUUCCAAGUGCAACGCUCAUGUCCAGGGCUCUGAGGGAAAUGGAAGAGAUAGAUCCCAGGGCUUUCAACAAUGGAGCAGAAGAUUCAGGGCUUCCAAUCGCCCACACUUAUGUCAAUGAUGGUUCCAACUCCAAGUUAUAUCCCCCAUCAAAGAAGGCAAGAAAAUCUUGAUCGAACUUAGAUGCCAAGUAAUGAUGACAGAGCCACGACUUUAGCAUUGUUGGGUUGAUUUCUGUAGCUGUUGAUGAAAGCAAUUCCUCAUACAUAUGAGUUUUGUGCCCAAAAAUGAUCAUUCUGUUCCCUAGGAUCCUCUGUUUUGGUAUUUUGAUGACUUCAUACUUGAUGGAACUGGGUUGAAGUCAGCAUCCUCUGUUCUUGAUUGAACUUCAAACAAAUAUGCCAAGUUGUGGAGAUGAAAAUUCUUUAGGAGGUAUGAGAGGAAGCACAUCAAGUAUUUGAUAAAAUGUUACUUUGGGUUGAAUGAACGAACUCACUCUCUUACUUUACAAAAGACAAACAUCAUCAACUUCAUUGUAAGUCCAGCUUGCAAGCUCAGAUGGGAAUGGAAGAGCGAAGGAUAUUUUGGCUUUGGCUUCUUCGUUUUUUGAAAUGGGGUUAGAUAACUUGGGCGCUUGGGUCUUCAAACACUCCAGUCUAAUGUUUCCUGUAAAUGAGAACACUUGUUGCCUUAUAUCAAGAACAUUAGCUGCUUUCUCUUAGGAAGUACAUUCCUUUAUUGCUUCUUUACCAAGCCAAAAUUUUGCUAGCUUCAUCUCAUUUACUGUUCAAGUGCCUGUUUUGUCAGUGCAAUUUUUUUUUUUUUUUUGGUGUGGCUGAGUUCAUUGUGUAACAAGCAGAAGGUUUUUGAACCAAGGAGUGAUCAGGCAUCAAGCAUUUCCUAGAAUAUGCCAAAUGUUAGAGUAAUUGAUAGAGGCAGACCUUCUAGAGUUGCCACCAGCAUAACUGUGAUUACUACAGUGAAAGGCAUGAUCAACCAUUAUGCACUUUAUCUCUUAUACUUUGAGUUUUAAAAAUUUGUGUGAGUAAUAAGAUUUAGGGUAUCAGAGUAAAAAUUGUUCUCUCUUGCCAUCUCUUUAAAUUUGCAUAUUAUGGUUUUGUUAUUUUAAUUUUCUGUUCAUAUUUUUAAAACAAAACAUUUGUGUUUUCAAACAACAUCCAUGGAGAGCGGUUACCUUAAGCAUAAUAUUUUUGCUUUAAAUCAUGCAUCAGUAAUACCUGGCUGCUUGUAUUUGCUAUCACUCCCACAAGACAAGCAGCCCGGUUUCUUUUGCUUGUCUUGUGCUAUUACUUCCUGUUGGUAGUAGAGGAAAGGGGAUUGGUUAAAUUCAUAAUUCUCAUGAUGAUGUUUCAAUAUUCCGUUCUUUUUUCAUCGUAAAUGCAUACAUAUGUGAAAUUUAGUAUUCAUAAAUUUUAUCGCAUUAGUUAUUGAUUUCUUUGAUUCUUUUUUCCCCUUUUGUUACAACAUCAGCAACUAGUAUUCUUUGGCAUUGAUUUUUGUGGAGAUCCCUUAAGAAGAUUGGCUUUUAGUGUCUCUGGAAAGUUUCCUAAGUCCUACAUGCAGCUCAUGUAGUUAUGAGUCAAUCUUUUGUCAUUUACUUUCUGAUCUAACAGUGUUUGUCAUUUUCAAUACUCUUUCCCUAUACGAGGAUUGUGUAAUCAUCUUCAUAUGUUGUAAUCAGUACAAGGGAAAUACAAUGAAUUUUAAAUGCUUUUAUUUUCUUGUAAUGAAAUCCAUCAAUGUAGAAUAUAUUUAAUUUGUAGGGAAUUUUUAUAUUGAAAUCGUAGAAAUGGACCUUUUCUGCUUUUGCCAAAAGGCUGUUGGUGGGUGCUUGAACAUUUGGAAGAAUCACUAUAGUGCUUCAAAGAACCGAAAAUUGGAGAAGUUAAAAUAAAAUAUUAACAACGUCAAAGACUGAAAAGAUGAAUGCAAUGAUUGAAAAGGCAAAGACCAAGCUGCUAUUUCAAUAAAAGUACCUGAUUGCCCUCACUCCAUCCUCUCAGUAUUGUCUUAGGCCAUUGAGUAGUGGCAAUGAAAAUCCUUUGGAUGGCAAAAGAGGAAGCUUUGUUUUCAAACACUAAAGCCAGCAUAAAUCAGUUAGCUCAUUGUCUAAACAAACAGAAUGACUUUUACUUGAGAUCACUUGAGAUUCAAUGGGAAACCGACGAGCAAAACAAGGGAAGUGUUUGGACGAGGUCACCUAAUCAAUGGAUAAACCUUAGUUUUGACUCUGUGGCAAGAUGUUGUGUAAUAAUGUAGGCCAUAGCCUUGCAAAAUGGACCAAAACAAAAGGACGAGGAGAUACUAACCCUUUGUAAACAAGAUGCUGACUUCAAUCCAUGUCUGCUAUGCUGUGGAAGAUUCCUGAUUCAACUACAAAGAAACAUGUCAAGGUUGUACGUUCAGUUUAUUGAAUGUGUUCCUAGUUAUUGCCCUCCAGUCUUACCAAUAACUAAUUUUCUUGGGAUGAUAUCAUGAGAACUACUAGGACUCGGCCUUCUCAAGGGUAGCUAAUCUGAUAUGUCAUGUUAGCUGCUGGCAGCUUGAGCAUGAAUGGCAACAGGAUAUUGCAGCCAUUACAAAGUUGGCUAUUAGGGAGUGUCUACAGUAUGCAAUAGUAUUGUCCCUCCAAAAUUUGAUUCAGGAGGUCUAGGCCUGUGCUUAUGGCCUAAGUGGAAUCUUCAUUGGCCGGGGUAUCAGAAUUAAAAUCUUCUAGUGUUGAGAUAUCCUCGUUUACCAUGUCAAGAUAUAAUUCCAGAUCAUUGGCAGUAAAGAGUUGCAUCCUUGAGGCACAAGCAAUAUGUGCUGAUCACAUGACAAAAUAAAGGUAGCAAUGGCAUUGUAACCUACCCCAUCUAAAGUCCUUGAUAUUGGUUUGCACGAAACAUUUGCAACAUGAAGAUGCCAAGAAUUGGAAGCUUAUAUCUAUGGAUACACUUCCAAUACAAAAUAAAUACAUUUAAGAGUGGCAGGAUGUUUUGCAUAGAGUUCAUUAGCCAUGGAGACCAUGAUUCAGUAGUCAAAUAUGAGCAGUUGGGUUAAGUGGGUUAAUUCUGAUCCACCUAUAGCCAUAUUGCACCUGGAGGUGCCGUGUUGGGAACUUGAGGAAGAAGAAUAAAAUUUGAAGUUGACUUGGAAUAAAUGCCCAUAUCAUGAUCAUCAUGUGGUUCUCUUGUGAUUUGCUUGUUGUGAGCAGUCCUCUAAUCAAGGGCAGGGUUAGGUGCAAUGCAGCGGUUUGUUCUCAUGAUCAUGUUUUGGCAGAUUACUUUUGCUAUGUCAAGAUUGGUAGGUUCCUGUCAUGGUUGAAGGAUGUUGCAAAUGAAAAUCUAAGUGGCAUGGUGCUUGUUUUAUUUGUGAAUCUAGAGAUUGGUACAAGGUUCUUGCUGGUUGUUGGCACUGGCUUACUACCAGUGCUAUUAGUCCUUCCAUUAAGGAGGCCAUUUAAUAUCUGGUGCAAAGAGGGUGCUGGUAAUUUUGGUCUUGACAAGUAGCAGAGCUGUAUCAAAAUUAAUUCUCAGGAAGGGUUGGACUCAAAGAACGUUCAUUAGAAGCAUCAGCAGCAGCAGGAAAAG